UUAAUACGAAGUAGUCAAGUGAAGUUCGAUGAUGAUGAUUAUACAUUAUUUCUGGAUCUUCAUCUCCUAUUUGAGUGUUCUAUGAUUGUGUCCAUUUUUUGACCAAUGCGUAAAUUUUUUAAAUUGUUUUCAAGAAGACACAAAUUUAUCUUAUGCGUGCAAGAUUUGCGUGUAAGGGAUUUGAAAAUCAACAUAUAAAUACAAGGCGUGUUUCUCGCCAGAAAUAUGCCCAUCUGUCACGCAAAUCAAUUCUCGCUUUCUGGUGAGCUGCAGCUUUUUGUGCCCGCAGAAGAAAUUAUUUUCUCCUUUUCCUCUAAAUUCAAACCACUGAAAGUAUAAUCGUCGCCAUCUGAAGGUGCAAGUUCUAUGGAAGGCAUUGUAGUUAGAAGAGUCAUUCCAUCAGACAACAGCUGCCUUUUCAAUGCGGUUGGUUAUGUCAUGGAUCGUGACAAGAAUAAAGCCCCUGAGCUAAGACAGGUCAUUUCGGCGGUGGUUGCAAGUGACCCAACAAAAUAUUCAGAAGCUUUUCUUGGGAAGCCCAAUAAAGAAUAUUGUGAAUGGAUCCUUAGUCCAGAUAAAUGGGGCGGUGCCAUAGAGCUUUCAAUUUUGGCAGAGUAUUAUGAGCGAGAAAUCGCAGCUUAUGAUAUACAAACCACACGGUGUGAUUUGUAUGGGCAGGAAAAUAAUUAUGUUGAGAGAGUUUUACUGAUUUAUGAUGGACUCCAUUAUGAUGCUUUGGCUAUGUCCCCUUCUGAAAAGGCUCCAGAGGAGUUUGAUCAGACAAUUUUCACUGUGCAGAUGAACCGCACCAUUGGCCCGGUUGAAGGACUCGCUCUUGAUCUUGUUAAAGAUCAGCAAAGGAAAAGGAGCUAUACUGAUACUUCCAACUUCACAUUGCGGUGUGGGGUUUGUCAAAUUGGGGUUAUUGGCCAGAAGGAGGCCACGGAGCAUGCACAAGCAACUGGGCAUGUUAACUUUCAGGAAUAUAAAUGAAACAAUUAUUGUGUUCUUCUGUUCUUUGGUUUUACAAGAAGAUUUUUUCCGUUGUUCUUUGAAUAGAGGUUGUGUUUGUUUACAUCUUGUACACCAGCUUUCACGCACAUGACAAAAAUGUGAGUGUCUAUAUGUAUUUUUCCAUUAAGCUGUAUAGCUCACAGCCUCACAUUGAAGAGGUAAGCUUUUCUUUGGUGGUGGUGGGGGGACUAAUACAGCGCACUACAUACCAUGAACUUUAAAUCAAAAUUAUCUUAACACAAUGAUUGUUAUUGUUGUAAAUGUAGAUUUAUGAUUUUAAGUGCAUAAUUUAAAAUAAAUGAUAUUAC